CCGCCCCCUACGGCGCAGGGCCCUGGGCAGCUUUGGCUCCCCCCUCCCUACCCCCUCCUCUUUUCCGUCCCAGGGCGCAGACGCACCACUGACCGGGCCGGAAGUCGUGGUGUCCGGGUUGUGCUAGUGUGUUUGUGUGUGUGUGUUGUGUGCUUGUGUGUUUGUGUGUGAGAGAGGUAAUCUCUGAGGGGUCCCGGCAGGUCUGGGCUGAGCGGUCGCCGCAGCUUCCGUCACCGCCUCAGCAGAGGAGGAGAGGAGGGGAGCGGGCCCGCCGCCCGGGGCGAAGAUGCUGCCCCUCUCCAUCAAGGACGAUGAAUACAAACCCCCCAAAUUCAAUCUGGUCCGCAAGAUCUCGGGCUGGUUCAGGUCCAUCCUGUCAGACAAGACAUCCCGGAACCUGUUCCUGUUCCUGUGCCUGAACCUUUCCUUUGCCUUCGUGGAACUGCUCUACGGCAUCUGGAGCAACUGUUUAGGUUUGAUUUCCGAUUCUUUUCACAUGUUCUUCGAUAGCACUGCUAUCUUGGCUGGACUGGCAGCUUCUGUUAUUUCAAAAUGGAGAGAUAAUGAUGCUUUUUCCUAUGGGUAUGUUAGAGCGGAAGUUCUGGCUGGUUUUGUAAAUGGCCUAUUUUUGAUCUUCACUGCCUUUUUUAUUUUCUCUGAAGGUGUUGAGAGAGCAUUAGCACCUCCAGAUGUUCAUCACGAGAGACUACUACUUGUUUCUGUGCUUGGGUUUGUUGUAAACCUAAUAGGAAUAUUUGCUUUCCAACAUGGAGGUCAUGGACAUUCACAUGGCUCUGGGCAUGGGCAUAGUCAUUCCCUCUUUAAUGGUGCACUAGAUCAUGGGCACGGACAUGGAGAUCAUGGCCAUGGUCAUGGUCAUGGAGAUCAUGGUCAUAGUCAUGAAUUGAAACAUGAUGCACAUAGUCAUGAUCAUGGGCAUGGACACUUUGACUGUCAUGAUGGUCCCUCAAUUAAAGGAACAACAGGACCAAGCAGACAGAUCUUACAAGGUGUAUUUUUACACAUUCUGGCAGACACGCUGGGGAGUAUCGGUGUAAUUGCAUCUGCCAUCAUGAUGCAAAACUUUGGUCUGAUGAUAGCAGAUCCUAUCUGUUCAAUCCUUAUUGCACUACUUAUAGUUGUAAGUGUUAUUCCUCUGUUAAAAGAGUCUGUUGGGAUAUUGAUGCAGCGAACACCUCCAUCACUGGAAAGUGCUCUGCCUCAGUGCUAUCAGAGGGUUCUACAGUUGCAAGGUGUUUACCAUUUACAAGAGCAGCAUUUUUGGACUCUUUGUACUGAUGUUUUUGUUGGGACCUUGAAAUUAGUAGUAGCACCUGAUGCUGAUUCAAGGUGGAUUUUAAGCCAAACUCACAAUAUUUUUACUCAGGCCGGAGUGAGACAACUUUAUGUGCAGAUUGACUUUGCUGUCAUGUAGUGAAUCAUCAGAGAUUGUGCUCUUUGGACCAAAGUUUUCUGGUACUAUACAAUCUAGAACAUUGCGUCCUCAUCUUUUAUAAAAUAGAGCCAUCACCUCAACUACAGCCCAAGAUGAAGAUGACCAAGUAGACUUGCCUUUUAUGGUCUCGUGGAAGAGUUCUCUUCUAAGGAGCCAAAAUUAAAAGGAUAUAUCUUGGACUUUUGGUCUUGUCUUUUGUGCCCUUUCUUUCCAAACCAUUUUCUUUUAAGGGUUUCUUUUCUUUUCUACUGUCAUAUCUUUAUUUCAGUAGAAAUUCAGAUUGUGGGCCUGUGAUCACUGGUUAAUGUCUUCACUGAAGACACUGCUCAUUCCCACAAACCAGUGCUAUUAGAAAAGAAAAAAAAAGUUUUAAAAAGGAAAUCUGAUUUGUAUGUAAUGUCACAUUGUUGACAUUCUUCAAUAUAAUCAUAUGUUUGUAAAAUUGUUUGUACUUUGCAAACUUAAUGAACCAAACCAUAUUGGGUUUUCAAAGUGCCUUUGCAUCAGAAAAUAUAUUUGCCAGCAUAGAAAUGUAAUGUCAGGGGGUUUUAUUUGUUUUAUGGGCAUACUACAACUUGUACAAAAUAAGACUCUUGCUACUGAUGUAUACCAAAUUUAUUUUUGUGUACUUAAAACAUAACUUUAAAUGUGUAAAAAUUCCCUUUUAUUGUUUCAUCUUGUCAAAAUAAAAGGUAUUACUUUUUUAAAAAAAUUCAUUAUCACAUAAAUUACUCUUGGAAUGUUUUCAAAAGUUUGCAAAUGUAUCUGUUGUACAAAUGGCUAUUUUGGUUUGAUUAAACAUCUGCUAGUCUCCAAAUGGUUUUAGUAAAAACUGCUCUUUGUAUAGGAAGUGGUCUUAAAUUCUCCCUUGUCAUUUUUAUGUAGUUUGUAAAUGGAUGAAGGGAAAAGGUGGCUCCUGGAAAAAAAAAUUAAGAUUUGUAUUUUCCUUUCCGUUUUUCAAAUGCAUUUUUUUAAACUUUGCUUUCCUAUGCAAAGCUUUGCAUACAUAAAAUUGUUUUUAGGACCCCCCUAAAGCUUGAGUUAUGGAUUUAGUUGAACUGUUUUCAGCUUCUUAAAAUGGUAAUGAGUAGAUUCUAAGACUAAACAAACCAUGAAUGGUGAGUUUAGCACUCAACUGAACAUGGGUAUCUUGAGCAGAAGUGAAGACAAAGCAGUCUUGUGGAUGUAAUUUGAGAGGAUGAGCAUUGAUCCUUUUGAAGGAAUACUGAAAUAGAUCAUUCUUUUUCUACUUGUAAAUUAAAUUCUCAUUUCAUAUUAAAAAUUGAAAUAACCUAGAAAACUUAAAGGAAGAAAAUGAAUGUUUGAGAUUAUUCAUUAAUAGAAAAUUAUUAAUUUUCCAUUGGAAAUGGAAAAAUAAGUUCAUUUUCUACUAUGGAAUAAUUUUAGUAUUAUUAUUAAUUUCCAUAUCUCUGUCCUAUAAUCUUCAGAAGUGAGCAUAUGUGGUAUAUCAGAUGUAAUGCCAAUGACUUCUCUAUAAGGAAAAGAAAGCAAGUAACAGAUUAUCAUUAGGAAAGUAGUAAAGUUGUCUAUCUUGUCUAUGCAUACAUAACAUACAUGCAUACAUUUAUGAACUGAAUUAAGGACUUCCUGGGACUUACUGCUGCUGCUGGGUAUGAAGUGUAUAUAUUUCUUUUGUUGUAAAUUACACAGUAAUUCUAAAGCUAUAGAUUUGCUAAAGAGAUUUGGUGAAUUUGAGAAUCGAUGCAAUUGUAAUCAGUUUAACUGAAAUAAUCAUUGGAGUCUUAAAAGGGAGGGUGAGGAAAAGACAUAUUCCCAUGAUCCUGCUGCUUUUACUUGACAAACAUAAUUCAUUUUUUCUAAUCUUCCAACCACUAUGAAGCCUACGAAACUGAUUUAUUCUUUAUGCUUAACACAGAAAUAAUGUUUAUAUUAUAGAAAAAUAACAAUUAGGAUGACUAAGAGAUUCUGGAAUUUGUGAUUUUGAGACAAUUGAAUAUGGAAGAAUUUGUAAUACAUUUCCAAUGUGGAGAAUGAAAUUUUUUUAUAAGUAGGUACAUGCAUGAUUGUUUGGGUUUUGAAGAAGGGCCAAGUGCUCGCUCUUGUGGUCUUAAUGUAUGCUAUCUGCUAUUCAGCAGGAAGGAGGAUUUCUACAGACACUAAUCUGAGCCACUCUUCACUUUUUUUUAAAUGAAGAAAAACCUGCUUCUCCUUGUGAAAUUGUAUUUACAGUGCACUCUAAGAAAUUGCAUGGGGUAUGAAUACAUUUUCCAUUUGAUGAGAGCUUAUAGCUACUGGACUAAUGAACAAAAUUCUUAUCAUUGCUUCUACAUUAAGAGUAGGAGCUUGAAUCAUAAGGCUGGCAUAAAUAAUUUCUGCAUUUAGAUAAAAUGAGUAUAUAUUGUAUUAAAAGCGUAGUAGAAGGCAACCACUUUAUUCUUUCUAUGCGUGACUUAACAGCAUUCUUGGUAAAGGUGCAUUACUUCACAUUAUUUCACCAAGAAUUGAUUCAUCAUUUGAUUAUUGUUAAUUUUCUCUUUUAGAGAAAAAGUAAUUAUUGGGUUAUGGAACCUUUGUAGUUUUUCAAAAUUAGGGUUGUUUUGUUUUGUUUUUUAAAACUGAGAGUUUGCUAACAUUUGACAAAAAACAUUCACUGAAAACCAUUUUUAUAUUGCCAAAGGAAAGUUAAUUUUGCAAUGUACUUCCCUAAAUAGAAAUUUAUGUUUAAUUUUUUUAUCAACGUGAUAUUAAUGAAGAUGAAACAUUUAACACAUACAACUUCCUAUUUUUGCUAACCCCCCAAUGCAGGUUCUUGCCCAGUCCAUUUGUAAUCAAGGAAUAGGCAAGGCCUCAUGUUCUCUUGGGCAGAACAGACUGGAGCACUUUGGGAGACAGAAUUGAGUAUGUAGGAAGAGUAUUUGGCAUUACCGUCACAUGUUAAGUUGGCUUUGUCUCAUUUGGCAUGAUGCUUUCCCUUGUGUCCUGAAAGUGCUUCUUAUUCUUUAUAAAACAAGCUCAGUGAGGUACCAGGAGGGUUCAUGCAGAAUCAGAGACAAUGACUGCAUUUUAAUCAAAUGGGAUAGGAAGCUGUAUUGAGGAAGCAACACAGAAUUUUUCAUUUCUAAUUACAGAACUGAAAGAGAUCAUAGAAAUCAUCUAGAGAUUUCACAUGUGAACAGAGGCCAGAGAGGUAGUUUUUUCCCCAAGAUCCUAGAGCAAUUAGUGGCAAAUCUAUAUAGUCUUAUGAUGGACAUUCCAGUUGUCUUUUCAUUACAUCAUGCUGCCUCCCUAGCAUAUGAUUAUUUCUAGGCAUUCUAAAUCAUUUUUUAAAUGGAAGAGCUUAUUCAUCCCAAGAUAUAACCUAAUCAGUGGUACAGCAAAACACUUCAAUGAAAUUUUACUCUGUAUCUUUACAAACAUUCCUUUUCUUUGGAUGGCUUUUUUAACUAGAAGAUCUUUUAUUACAUUAGUGCUACAUUCUCUACGAUUUCUAGGCCUUUUCCCCUUUUUAACCUCAGGGUUAAAAAAAUAUAAGAAAUGAUGGAAUCUCUACAUAGAUCAUUUCCCUUGGAAAAUAAAUAUUUUCUCUACAAAGAUAAAUUGAGACAAAGUCUUAAGUGUACUUGUUUCCGUUUCUUAAAUUUUGGAACUUUGGAAAAUGGAAGAGUAACUCAAAGAUGACCUCAUUUUAGUUUUGCUGACCUGGAUUUAAAAUUGGAAGGGACCUUAGCCAUCAUUUAAUUCAACCUCUCUUCUGUAGGUGAAGAAAUAGGCCUCGAGAGAUUAAGGGACUUGCCCACAUGGUCAUUCAGGUAAAUAGCAAAGCCAAGGUAUGGGCUUACCUCUAGGUAUAUAUAUACUCAGAUAUGCAGAUUUGGGCAUUCAUGACAUCAGAGAAUCACUGGACCCAUUAUAUAUGGAUUUUCCAGCAAGAGGCAUUUGUGCAAGAAAGGUCUAAAGUCUCCUGGAUUAUCUUUUUAGUAUUUUUUUUUCCAAUUCUUUUUUACCUGGCUUCAAGAUUUUGAAAAUUGAUCCUUGAAUGCCUUCAGAAUCUUGUGUUUAUAUUUUGGCAGCUUUAGUUGCUCUUCCUGACUUGCCAUAAGGGCCAUUUCCACUUCUGUUUAUCACAUAUCAAGUACCAAAUGAUCCCUGCUUUGUGAGGGAACACUCAGUUAUCUGCUAAUUGUCAUUCUCCAUGUUUUUCAGAAUGAAUUUGUACUCUAAACUGACCUUGAUCUUUGAUGGACUGUCUGCUUUGCUUUGAGAGUUUCUUUUAAUAAAAGUAUUUUAAAUUCACAAUGGAUUUGUUUUAAGGCAGCCUGAUAGGCUAAGUGGUCCCAAUCUUUACCAUCAAAACAACAUAAAAAAUGACAUAGAUGAUUAGCUAGCUAAGAUCUUUGGCACAAACUCUAUGAUCUACAUGUGUUUUUUUGGUUGUAUUUUGAAAAACUAGAGGAAAUUAAAUUCAGUGCUCAUUUUAGACAGAAUUGCUUUGAAAAUAUUUUCAUAAGGCUAUUAUAAAAUUUGGCAAAUAUAUUGGCAUCUUGUGAAUUUAUCAAUCCAGAAUGUAUAAUGUAUAGAUAAAUUCCAUCUGUAUGACCCAAAUGCCUGUUAGUGCUGUUUAAGGUCUUAGCCUGUCUGGUCCUAGUGCCUAGUAAGAUCUGAUCCAGUGCCUUGCUCCUCACAAGAAAGGCAGCUAAUGGGAACUCUUAGAAAGGGGAAGUGGAGCCCCAUCAUAAUUCCUUCCUUUCCAAAUUCUUCAGUUUAGUUCAAUGAGGAGAUUCCUUUCCCUUUCCUGAAAAAGUAUUUGAUUUUAUAGAAAUGUUGAAAUCAAAUUUUAUAUAAACAAUUUUGGUUUUGCUUUAGCUUUUAAGCAUCGAAUCUUUAGUGUAAAAUAAUCUAUACAAAGAAUUAAAUCAUUUGAAUUAAAAGAAAAAUAAUAUCCAACUUUAAACUAUUUCUAAAUAUCAAAAGUUUGUCCUAUUGAAUUUGCCCAUUAUGAUAGUGUGUUUGAAAUUAUUGAACCAUAAGUUCCUUGAAGGAAGGGAACUGUGUCAUACAUUUCUGAGUCUCCUGCGAGCACCUAAUACAGUAUUUGCACAAAAGUACUUGAUACAGAUAUCUAUUUAAUGUUGAAUAAAUGGUAUUAUGAGUAUUAGAGAAGUGUAGCCCUAAGGUUAGAAGCAAGUAAUAAGCAUGGUGCACUAAUGACUCUGUUAGUGUUCCUAGACACACAAAUAUUAAAAACAAACUUUGAAAAAAUAGUCUUAAGGAAGGUUUUGUGUUUUUUUUCUUCUCUUCAAUAGUUGAAGAAGUGGAAGCAGAAAGAUUAUUUGUCUUCUAUAUUCUCACAUAGCAAAUGAUCUAAGAUGUCUUGAGUUUAGGUAUUUUUCACAGAGCAUUCUAAAGUCAAACUGGUCUCCAAUUUUUGUUGAAUGUUCCCCAUAUUUGUAUAAGUUUUGAUAACAGCAGAAUGUCUGAAAGAAUGGGGCUUUGAUGGUAGUGUAUCAAGUUGGACACCGAUUCAGAUACUGAAUUGCUUUGGAGUAAGGAGGCGCUACACUUUAAAACAAUUUUUAGGUAACAAGUCAUGUGUCAACUUUUACUUUCAUUCUCUUCUACCUCCAAAUACCGUAGGUUGCAGAGGCCACCCUGCCUUAAAGCUCUCAGCUCCAACAUACUGCCACUCCUAUCAUUUUCCAGCUUUUUCUGACAGGAAAACUUUCCCAUGGAUUUUAAUGCUUACUGGAAUGUUUUUGUCUAAUUGCAUAUUGGAUGUGUUUUUCAGGCUGAUUGAUGAUUCCGUUCUAGAUAUAAUAUUACAUUAGAAGCAGCAGGUGUUACGUUUUCACAAGGCAUCUCUCUACAUUUAUUCAAACUGCAGUAAACCUCAGUGACUUGGUUGCUCUGUGAUGUGGACGUGUGUGUGCAUGCAGUUUGGAGUUCAUUAUGAAGAGCUACAGCGUAGGGUAUUUUACAUCUGAAGUACUGUGAAUAAAAAGCUGCCCAAACCAUACAUUCGUAAACUUCCUGCUUACUUUUUAUUGGGGUUUGAUUUUUUUGGCAAAGAUUGAGGCACCUAACUAAGUCUUUCAGUACUAACCCACAAUGCAUGUGGAAAUGUCAGGUUUUAAAGGCUAUUGUAAUUUGGUUUGAAAGUGCUGAAGGAAGAAAGCAUGAUAUGCUCAAGUACAAUGGAAUAAGUCUAUAAAGGUGUAUUUCCCCAUUUCUACUUGAAGACAAUCCUAUGUAAAGCAUAACAUCAAAUGUACUUUUUAAAAGGACCACGAAAGAUUGUAUGAAAAUGUUCUUUCAAUAAAACUUUGGUUUAAAAAUCUGUA